CGCCCAGUGUUUGAUCUCGGUAGACGGUGGCCGGAAAGGGACAAUGGUUUCCAUGUCAGCGGACCAACGCGCUCGCGAGGGGGGGAAGAUGCAGUGAGUGAGUGUGUGCGUGCGUGCGUGCAGGCUGAGGGGCGAUGAAGCAACCAGAGAUGCUGGUGGCCGAGAGUGCAAGAGCCACGCCGCGCCGGGGCCUCGUGGGAGGGCCAGACUUUGAGUUUUUCCAGCGUCGCUAUUUCACGCCGGCCGAGGUGGCCCAACACAACGUGCCGGAAGACCUGUGGGUGUCCUACCUGGGCUCCGUGUACGACCUGACGCCGUUGGCUCACAAGUACAAGGGAGACCUGCUGCUAAAACCCAUCGUGGAAGUUGCGGGCCAGGACAUCAGCCACUGGUUCGAUCCGAAGACCAGAGACGUGAGUUGUGCGGGAACCCGGGGUGGGGCGGGGGUGUGGAAUGGGACCGCGGGGCCGCGGGAUGGGGCGGAAAGGCGGGAGCUGGCUGGAGUCGGAGGUCGUGACUGCCCCGAGGCCCCUCUCCCGAUCCCUGCGUUAAAGAUCCGCAAGCACGUCGAUCCGCUGACCGGUACCCUGAGAUACCGCACCCCCCGGGGCCGCUUUCUGCACGUCCCGCCUCAGCUGCCGCGUUCGGACUGGGCCAAUGAUUUCGGGAAGCCCUGGUGGCAGGGGGUGCAUUAUGAGGUGGGGCGGCUGUCUACCAAGACCCGCAACAUCCGCAUCAUUAACACGCUCACGUCGCAGGAGCACGCGCUGGAGGUGGGGGCCCAGGAAUCAAUGUGGGAAAUCCUGCACCGCUGUCUCCCCUUUAAUGCACAUGCUGCCAGCUAUACGUGGAAAUACGAGGGGAAGAAACUGAACAUGGAUUAUACCCUGGAAGAGAACGGGAUCCGGGACGAGGAAGAAGAAUUUGACUAUCUCAACAUGGACAGUACAGUCUACACACCUGCAAUACUGCUCUACUUCAACGACGACCUCACAGAGCUGUAGGGUGGGGACCAGUGCUUGUGUAGACACAGCUGAGUUCUGAGUUUGGCUGCAUCUGUGCCCUGUAGGUGGGGGAGGGGGCGGAGUGCUGGAUAAAGACCUCCAUUCCAUUCUGGGAACUGGCCUGUGGUUCCCGCGUCCUUCUCAAGUGUACAGGUCCUAUUUCCCAGUCCCACUGUGAUUUGCUCGACGUGAGGGAGAAUGCUAGAAGCACGUUCAUUAAUUCUCAGGAGUGACACGAGAAGAUGGAAGUAUCUUGGAUUGGGGAGACAGCCGGAGCUCAGGCAGAACUUUUUGACAGUCCGAGAAGGAGAAGCCCUGCACAGGGAUGCAGGAUGGGAGAACUUUUAUGGCAGUGAUGGGAACCGGGACGGCUGCAGGGAUUUCCACAGACAGGCACAGGAAGUGUCUAUUGCUGGCCACACAAAACCGGCUGAUCUGCCUUCUGAAGAGUCCUUGAUAGUUGGAACCCCAAAGGGAAGAAAGGAAGCGAAGGGUUAGGCAGUAGUUCAGGCUAGACCUUAUGCUGCGUGCUUCGUACGCCCUUUUUAAUACAGCUACUCUGUAAGUUGGGUGCCGUCACCACAAUUUUACACAGAAGUCUUUUUGAAGCUAAGAAAGAUUUUUUCCCUAUUUGGCUUUCCGUAAGUGAUUGAUGACGCCGGGCAGCAUCCCAUCCAGCAAGUAGAGGGGAGCUCCUGAAGCUCGGCAAAAUUUAGUAGCAGGAAGGCACACGAAUUUGUGGCCAGAAGGCAAACUCAAGUCUAAAUCCGAAGUUCGUGUUCUUUCACGGUAGAGAGAGGAUCUCACUGUCCUAGGCUCGUCCCAAAAGACAGCCACCAUGGGGGGCAGUGGCCAGAUUUGUCUCCUUUAACCCCAGCAGGGGAGGGGAAUGAGGAUGACAGGCAGCCCCCCCACCCGCGGAGUCCCCUACCCGCAGUGCCUCCUGCCAGAAACGCCCCUCUCUCCUAGCACCCCGGUCACUCUCCAAGGAGAUCCUAGCUCCUAAAUGCCUCUGGGAUGCACCCUCUUCCUCACUGCUUGUCCAGACCGCUGUGCAGACGUCGUCACCAGCCCCCCACUUCCGCAUCAGCCCCCCACCCCCCCACGCAGCCGUCCGAGUGAGCGCUGAGAACCAAACCCAGGCAUCUGACUUUCCUUCCUUCGGAGUCUUCAGUGGCUUCCGGGUGCUUUGGGAAUAAAGUCCUGUCCAUCUGAAGACGCUGCACGAACCGGCUGGUGCCCCCCUAGCGUGCCUCACCUGUGUUCCCUGGGUCGCAGCUGCUGGGGCUGCGUCCGUGACGCAGAGCCCUAACACACACCGUUCCCUCUGCCUCCACGCUCUUCCUCCCAUCCCCCACUUAGCUGACCCUAAAUGCUUCUUCCUCGGGAGCUCUUCUAAUUUCUUGGUGUAGAAAGCAAGAUUUUCCAUUGGAUCGUCUCUUAGCGUCACACUUAUUCCAGAGUACUUAUUCCAGUGUUGGUUUUAAGGUUACGGACGUGAGACAGCCAUCUGGGUCACCGCCGGAUUCCCAGCGUUGGGCGCACAGUUGCUGCUCAAUAAAUUUUGAUGGGCUGACCUCCAGUGUUGAGUGAAUUCAUCUGUCCAUAGUAACUAGUGUGGAUGGGACGCUGUGACCUGGGAGGCAAGGCCAAGACCAAGAAGGAGGACGUCCGUUGGCUGUGGCAACUUCUCUGGCCUGGUUCCCCUCAGAACAAGACCAAACCCCAGAGAGGCCUCCCUCUGCCCAGAUUUGGGGGGAAAUCCA